CCGUUGUUGAGAGUUUGGAGGAGACAUUUUGGAGUUCAGAAAAUAAAGAACCAGUAUACGGAUCAGAUAAUUUGGAAUUAAUUACAAUUGAUUUAAUUGAAAAGUUGACGAUAUAACAAUGGCUGGCUCACAAUUAUACAAAUCUCUGUUGAAUGAAUUACGUUUAUGCAGCCCAAGUGGUCGUUUGAGCAAGGAUUCAUUGGCUUUUAAGUACAUCACCAACCAGUUCCAAGUACAUCAAACAACCGAUCAAACACUUUGUAAAGCCAGAGAAGAGAUGCGAUUCCUUGGCGAAACCUAUUUAUGUUACUUGCGUAGUUUGAGAAAAUACGCCGAAAUUCAAAAAGAAUAUAAAGGAAAAGGAGAACGAAGCAUCAAAGAAACGGCUGAUAUGGUUGGAUUCAAGCUGCCCCAUGAUCCGAAAUAGAUAUAAAACACACCCAAAGUCGUGUAAUUUUAUAUAGUUUG